AUGGGGCUUAAUUUACUCGUGGUUUAUUUAACAGCAGAAAAUCCAGAUGCAGGCACGUUUUUAUCUCGUGCAAAACAAUUUACCGAGGAAAAACUUGGACAAGCAGUAGAUAAAACGGAAUAUGAUUCAAAUUUUGAACAAUUAUUAGCACGAGCUGAUAGAACAAAAGGUUGGACAGAAAGAUUAUCGCAACAUGUUGAAAGUGUUUUACAACCAAAUCCCAAUGAACGAUUGGAAGAUUUUAUUUUAACAAAACUUGAUCAAAAAGCUGUCAAUAAGCCAAAUAAUUUGGAAAUACUAGGACAAGUAAUGUAUGAUGCAGGCAAUGAUUUUGGCCCUUCUACACAAUAUGGUAGUGCUUUGAUCAAAUGUGGCAAUGCACAUCUAAAAUUGGGUCUAGCAGAAAAAGAAUUUGUCCAAUCGUCCGCUACAUCUUUCAUUCAACCAUUGAAAAGUUAUCUUGAUGGCGAAAUGAAAUCAUUGACGGUAAUUAGUUUUUUAGAAAAAGAACGUCGUAUAUUGGAAACAAAACGUCUUGAUUUAGAUGCUGCACGAUCCAAAAAGAAGAAAGGUAAAACGAAUGUUUCAGCACCAUCUAGUCCUGCUUUUCUUGAUAAUGAUGCUGAAAUUCGUAAUUCUCAGACGGAAUUUGAUCGUCAAUAUGAAAUCACACGUUUAAUGCUUGAUGGUAUCACUAAUUCACAUAAUCAUCAUUUACGUUGUUUAAACGAUUUUGUCGAUUCUGAAUUACAAUACCAUAAACAAUCUGUUCAAGUUUUAGAAGAUUUGAGAAAACAACUUGGUUUGACAACAAAAUCUAAUACAAAUUCGUUAACAACAUUACCUAAAAAGCAACCAAUACCACAACGUGUUGCUACCGUUAAAUUUGAUUAUGAUGCAACAGAUUUGAAUGAAAUUACUAUUAAAGCUUAUAAAACUAUUCCUAUGUCGUCGUCAGUGGCAAAUUUGACAUCUGUUAGUUACACAGCAAAAUCAAAUAAUAACUCAAUGAUUGGUUUUGUUUCACAAGAUGGUACCGUUCGAUUUUAUGAUACAUCAGUAUCUUUAUUAAAAACAGAGUUUACACCAAGUUCACAUUUGAAUACGGCUUGUACGUGUUUAACAUGGGCACCUAAAUCAAGGUUGAAACAAGGCGUUUCGAAAAAGAAACGGCGUCGAACAUCGUCAAACAUAAAAAGUUCUGAUGGAGAAGAGGCAAACAAUGAUGAUCCAGUUAUUGAUUCAGAAUUAAAAAGUUUAGAUCUUGUGGCUAUUGGUACAACGUCUGGAAAUAUUUUAUUAUUCAGUGUCAGCAAAGGAAAAAUGCAUUCUGAACUACAUGGCGGUCAUACAUCCAAAGUAAACAGUAUAUGUUGGUCAACAAGUCAACAGGAUGUUAUUUAUUCAUGUUCAGAUGAUAAACACAUAUGUGAAUGGACUAUAAGUACAGGAAUAUUGAAACAACGUUGGAAAGCAUCGAAGAGUGGACCCGUUACAGCAUUGGCAUUUGAUAAUAAAAAUCAUUAUCUAUUAUCAGCAUCAAAAGAUAUUGUCAUAUGGAAUACAAAAAAUAAAGAAAAAUUAAAGAUAUUAACCGGACAUAGUUCAAAUAUUAAGCAAUUCUAUAUUUAUGACGAAUUAACUGAAGAAAAUGAAUAUUCCUUACUGUUUUCAUCAGCAGAAAAUGAUCGAAUUUUAUGUUGUUGGAAAAUUCUUCCAUCGUCGACAGAUGAAGAAGAGAUAGAUUCGUCUACAGCUUGUGUAUCGUUAGCGUUAACUGAAUCAAUAAUAUCAUUUUCUGUUUGUGCAUUAACCGAUGACAAAAAUCGGCUAUUGACAAUCGUUCUCAGUCAAAUUGGUAAAUUAUAUGUAUUUGAAUUAAAAUUAAAUAAAUUGAAGAAAACAAAACCAAAAACAAUUAUUGAAAUUGUAUCACCGACAAACAAUAAUAUACAACUGCCAAUUUUAUGUUCUUAUGCACUUGGUACAUCAGAAAUUCUAAUUAGUUAUGGAACAAUAUUAAAACCAAAAUUUGAAUAUUUAACGCUCGAUUAUACACAAUCACAACAAAUAUUAAAACGUGAAGAUCCGUCACGUUCAACAAUUUCCGCAGAAGAGCAGGUCACACUAAUAAAAAAUGCAACAAAACCCACAAAUGCCACUGUGUUAACUCAAACAAUUUCUCAACCAAAUAUGUUGAAUAAACAACAAAUUACCAAACGUCCAGCAACAGAAAUAAUUCAGACAGAAAUACCAUUAUCUGAACGAUUAAAUGCUGUAGAAUUACAUGAGCAAAAUUCACAAAUUCCAGCAGCUGAUAGUCUCGUUACACUACUUAGUCAAGGUUUACAAAGUGGAGACAAAGCAAUUCUAGAGUCAAAUAAUUCAAUUAUGUUUUCAUAA